GUUGUAAAGUGCCAGCGACAUCAAGUACAGGAGUCGAAUAAAAACGCCGGGCGUGACAGGAUAUUUGUGUGCAUCCUGGUCAUUUGGCAACCGGCAAGCGCAGCGAGAACACAGAUUAUCAUGUGGCACGAGGCGCGCAAGCAGGAGCGGAAGAUCCGCGGCCUGAUCGUUGACUACCGCAAACGGGCGGAGCGCAGACAGUACUUUUACGACAAGAUACAAGCGGAUCCCACCCAGUUCUUACAGCUACACGGCCGGCGGAGCAAAAUAUAUUUGGAUCCUGCAGUGGCAGCCGCUGGCGAUGGAGCCGCAAUCAUUGUGCCGUGGCAGGGGCAGCAGGAUAAUCUGAUUGACAGGUUUGACGUACGUGCUCACCUGGAUUACAUCCCUCCAGUUACCAAGAACACUGGCGAGUUCGGAGAACCAGACUCAGAACUAAGCGCCGAGGAGAGGCAGUUGAACUAUGAGCGGUAUCGCAUUCUGGCCCAGAACGACUUUCUCAACGUCAGUGAGGAUAAGUUUCUGCAUCAGCUUUACUUGGAGGAGCAGUUUGGAGCAAAUGCACAAUUAGAGGCCGAGCGAAAUUUGGCCAAGAAAAAGCAGAAAACGGGGGGUGCUACCAUUGGUUAUUCGUAUGAUGAUGCUGGUGAUCCAGCCACUAUUGGCCCGCAACCUUUUGGGGCUGCAAGCUCAACUUCUACGGCUACAGCCGGAGCGGUCAUAAAAACCGGAGAAAAGGGUGAUGGAUCUGACGAAUCAGACUCGGAUAUCGAUAUGGAUGUGUCUAUUGACAUUGGAAAACUGGAUACCUCUCAAGCUCAUGAGCUGAACGCCUGCGGCCGCAACUACGGAAUGAAAAGCAAUGAUUUCUUCUCGCACUUGACCAAGGAUGCAGACGAGGCAGACGCCUUGCGUAUCGCCCGCGAGGAAGAGCAGGAGAAGAUGCUAUUAAGUGGACGCAAGUCCCGACGGGAAAGAAGGGCGCAAAAGGAGCGAAGAAUUGCCAAUCGCCCAUUUAGCCCUCCCAGUUACGCUGCCAAAGAGGAUAAGGAUAAAAAGGGUGGCGGCAAGGGAAAUGACAAGGAAAAGGAGGACGACAGCGAUUCCAGAUCGCCAUCGCCUUCUGAAGCGGGUCCAGAGAAAAUCACCUACAUUACCUCCUUCGGUGGCGAGGAUGAGAUGCAGCCGCACUCUAAAAUCACCAUCAGCCUUUCCAAACCAGGCUUGACAUUGGGCGAGUCUUGCAUUAAAGCCAGUAGUGGAGCAGCGGUGGCCGCCGCUGGCGCUUCUUCAGUUUCCUAUGCCCAAAAGGUCAAAGACAAUCUCGACAAGCUGAAACUGAUGAAUGAAUCAGCAAAGCGCAGCAGGAGGCAUUCCCGUUCCCGCUCCAGGUCACGUUCCCGAAGCGGCUCGGCGUCGAGAAGUCGCAGUGGAAGUCGUAGAAGAAAUCGCCGCAGUAGGAGCUACCAUAGAAGAAGCAGGAGCAGGACGCGAUCCCGCCGCCGUAGGAGAUAUUACUCUAGAUCCAGAUCAAGGAGGCGAUCAAGUUCUCGAUCUCGGUCGCGUUCAGGUUCCUGGAAGCGAUACAAAUCGCGCAGUCCCAGCUACAAAAGGUCAAGGAAACGCUACUCCUAUUCCUCGCGAAGUUCAAGUGCAAGUUCUUACAGGCGAAGGAGUCGCUCCCGUUCUCGGAGUCGCCCCAAAAAGAAGCAAACACCUCCAGCACAAUCCCCAGCUGGUACUUAUUGCCUGAGCACUACAACCACUACCACUACAUCUACUCUGACUGCGGUGAAGCUGCUUCAGCAGCAACAAUCGAAAGCUGCUCCACCAAUGAUCAGUUAUCCCAUACCCUCACGAUUAUUAAACCAAUCUGCUCCUGCAGUGGCGCCACCGCAAGUGGUGGAGCCGCCGCCACCGCCUCUAAAGCGUUAUUAUGGCCGGAAAAGGGCCAAUGACACAUCAUCAUCAUCGUCGGCAGCAGAGAACAGCGAGGCUAGUGACAACGAGGAACAGCAACAGUCCCAGACCGGGAAACGAGCAGACGAUUCGGACGAUGUGGACGUGGAUACUGCGUCAGAGCGUUCUCACGCUCUUCAACCGGCCAUGUCAUCGAGCAGCACGGGUAAUCAAACAGGCAAAUAUAGUUCUGCUACCGAAACCAAAGGACCUGGACACGCCGGUGGUGGCGGAUCAGGAACUGGACGGCCCAAUCUGCGCGAGCGGCUUAAGCGGAAGAUGCAGAAUUUACUGAACAGGCAAUAUAAAGCUGACAAGCGGGCAGAAAUAGAAAAAACGGAGCGGGAGCGACAGCAGCAGCAGGAGCGCGAAGAUGAGAUGCGCGAACUGGCGCUCAAGUUACGCCGAAGGCGUCGCGAGCUGCGCCACAAGUACGGAACGCCCUCCAGCGGCAAACUGUCUGGAAGUGAGGCUGAGUCGGUGGGCUCCGAAAGUAUGAUGAUCAAAUCUUCGUCAAGACGUAGCCACAGUCGAUCGCGCAGUCGUCGAAGGAGUCCUCCGCCAGAGGAACAUAGCAGACGCAGCAACAGUCGCACAGAGCGGAGACGCCGGUCUAGGACACCAAGUCCGAGAUAUAAUCGAAGACAAAGAUCCCGAUCGCGGAGUGGAAGUCGCGGGGAACGAAAGCGACGGUCACAAAGCCGUCGGCGCAGCGGAAGUCGAGACCGUCGACGUUCACGCAGUCGAAGGAGCCAGUCAAGACGCAGACGACAACGAGACCGCAGCAUGGAUAGGAAUCGCGAUCGGUAUAGACAGCAACAGCAGCAGCAUCAGCAUAUGCGGGGACGUGAUCGUGACCGAGAGGCAGAGUUCAGUCAUGGAACAAGUGGCAACAGUGGUUCUUCAAAUCGGGGCCGUGUGGUUAUUUCAGCUCCUCCAAAGCUCAAGAAACUAGUAGACUACUGAUUCUAAAAGUGUAAAUGAGAUUUGAUUAUGAUAUUCGCUUGAUUAUUUGUAAGCUUAGGAAACUUAUCAGGAGCAUGAGCUGCGUUAUCUGUUGAUUUUGGCCCCCAAUAAAGUAACUUAAGAUGUAUUAAAUUAA